CGACGGCCAGGGGCGGUCGCCGGUGGCUCCUCGGCUACUUACCGGGGGGGAAGAGAGCCGGGAUCCCGGGGCCCCGGGCCGGACCGCGGAGAUGCCCCAAACUGACACGGCCGCCAUCUUGGAGACAAGGGAGAGAGAGCAUGAGCUGGGGGACAGAGGGAGAGGGAGAGAGAAUCUGAAGCAGACUCCACACUGAGCACGAGCGGACACAGGGCUCAAUCUCGCGACCCUGACAUCACGACGCUGAGAUCACAACCUGAGUCGAAGACCAAGAGGCUGACGCUUAACCGACUGCACCAUCCAGGCGCCCCUGAAUGUAUGCUUUCUUGAUGCCUGGAGCCACGACAACAAUGUUGUGAGCAUGAAGGUGAAAGCCCCACCGUAUGAAUGGAGGAAUCGCAACCUAAGAGAAGCCUGAAUCCUUGAUAUGAAGCUGACAUUCCAGCACCUGAAUGUGAUCCCCACUGGCUCCAAUUUAGGAUAAGAACAAAGUAGACUAGGAAUUCAGUUUUACUGAAUGAAUUAUUUUUUUUGAACACUUCCUAGUUGCUUCUAUAGUAGUCUGUACAAACACCAUCACAGGACCUAUAGCAUAAUAAUUCAUUCACUUGGUCAUGUAAUGAAACAAUUUCCUCCUCCACUGUCUGCCCCUAAAGUUCUGGAGGUGGAGAAGUGCAAGAUCAAGGCGCCAGCAGAUUCCGUGUCUGGUGAGGACCUGCCUCAUGGUUCAUAGACAGCCAUCUUUUCUCUGCAUCCCUACAUGGUGAGAGACCUGCCCAACUACCUCAUUUUCAGAUCUGGGAACUGAGAUUCUGAAAGGUUAAGUGCCGUGUCCAAGGUCAAGCAGGUGGUGGUCUAGCUGGGGCUGGAAGAGGCCUCCUGAAUCCAAGUCCAGAGCUCUCGAUAAGACGCUAAACAGCCAAUCACCUUUACUUUCCCCGAUGCACAUCAAUGAAAAGGCAGUGUGUCUCUUUUUAAAUGAAUUUAUCUAAUGGAAAGGAGUUAUUACUGCUCAAGAUUUGUUACCCAUGAUAUGCUAUUUGACAAAUCGUGCCCUGGAAAUCACACUUUUUAGCAUCCCCCUCGAGGUACAUUCAGGGUUACGCAGGUGGCAGCAGCAGCCACCCCUUUGUGACUGGAUGACUAAGGGCCAGGCGGCCCUCAGAUUGUUCACGACAGCCAAUCAGGGCUCGGAGCCACAGAACUGCACCAAUUGGAGAUUACCGAAGCCUCAACAAGGGCCAAUUGGGGACUCAAAGCCAAGAAGAAUGUGACUGGCGGACAGCGAUCAAUCAGAGGGGGAGAAGUGGAUCACCGACGUCCAAUCAGAGGCUUUAAGAUCUCGGUCGUGGGCGGUGCUGGCGUGAGGCCCACGGGGCAGCCAAUCAGCAGGGUUGAAAAUUGGCAGUUCUGAGGCUUUCAGACCAAAGAAGACUUUCCUCUCUCACUGACAAUCUCCACCAUGAUUCAUAGCCUCUUCUUGAUCAACUCCUCAGGAGAUAUUUUCCUGGAAAAACAUUGGAAAAGUGUGGUCAGCCGUUCUGUUUGUGAUUACUUUUUUGAGGCACAAGAGAGAGCGACUGAGGCAGAAAAUGUACCUCCAGUUAUCCCUACCCCUCACCACUAUCUCUUAAGUGUUUACCGUCACAAGAUCUUUUUUGUGGCUGUGAUCCAGACAGAGGUCCCACCUCUAUUUGUUAUUGAGUUCCUUCACCGAGUAGUGGACACAUUUCAGGAUUAUUUUGGAGUCUGUUCAGAGCCUGUGAUCAAAGACAAUGUGGUUGUGGUUUAUGAGGUACUAGAAGAGAUGCUUGACAAUGGGUUUCCAUUGGCUACCGAGUCAAACAUCCUCAAAGAACUGAUAAAGCCUCCCACUAUCCUUCGAACAGUCGUCAACACCAUAACAGGAAGCACCAAUGUGGGUGACCAGCUUCCUACUGGACAGCUGUCAGUGGUGCCCUGGCGAAGAACUGGGGUGAAGUACACCAACAAUGAGGCCUAUUUUGAUGUGAUCGAAGAGAUUGAUGCUAUCAUUGAUAAAUCAGGUUCCACAAUUACUGCUGAGAUCCAGGGGGUCAUUGAUGCCUGCGUCAAGCUGACUGGAAUGCCAGACCUUACUCUUUCCUUCAUGAAUCCCAGAUUGUUGGAUGAUGUCAGCUUCCAUCCUUGUGUUCGUUUCAAGCGCUGGGAAUCUGAGCGUAUCCUCUCCUUCAUCCCUCCUGAUGGAAACUUUCGCCUGCUCUCUUACCAUGUCAGUGCACAGAAUCUGGUGGCAAUUCCAGUAUAUGUCAAACAUAGCAUCAGUUUCCGGGACAGUAGUGCACUUGGACGCUUUGAAAUAACAGUGGGACCGAAGCAGACUAUGGGGAAGACCAUAGAGGGAGUGAUUGUCACCAGCCAGAUGCCCAAAGGGGUCCUGAAUAUGAGCCUCACUCCAUCUCAGGGGACACAUACAUUUGACCCAGUUACCAAGAUGCUGUCGUGGGAUGUAGGAAAAAUAAAUCCCCAAAAGCUACCAAGUUUGAAGGGGACCAUGAGUCUUCAGGCUGGAGCUUCCAAGCCAGAUGAGAACCCCACAAUUAAUCUGCAGUUUAAGAUCCAGCAGCUGGCCAUUUCUGGACUCAAGGUGAAUCGUCUGGAUAUGUAUGGAGAAAAGUACAAACCCUUUAAGGGCAUAAAAUACAUGACCAAAGCUGGAAAGUUCCAAGUUCGAACCUGAAGGGAGAGUUUUGCAAAAAGAACAGUCAUGAAUGCUUUUUCAUUUCUUACUUGUCUAAAAGUAAAAAAUACCAGCCUGUCUCCUAGGUCAGUAUCCCCUUCUGGACCCACCUGCUCCCUUUUUUCCUUAGCCUUCAGUGCCAUGGAACUAAUCAAGGGAGAGAAGGUCGCCAGGGAGAACUGGACAGAACUGAAACACAAUCAGCACCAACUCAGUUCUGCGAGAAGAGAUGUGUGACGGAGGGUAGAGACACUUGAUGCCAUAUUUGACUAUUCUUAACGUGGCUACCAUAGAAAAAGACUAGCAUUUGUUACUUGCUUGGCUUUAAUGAUCUAAGCCAACGAACGACCUCUUUUUGUUUUUUAAGGUAGAAAGAUUAGAAAGAAGGAAAGAAAGCUUGGAAGAGUAUGAAUGUUAGUCACAGAAAGGCCAGUUAAGGAUCUGAUCUAUGAGGGAGAAGAAAGGAAACAGUAUUGAAGAAGUAUGAGGACACAGGCUCAAGUGAAAGGGGCAGGAAAAGUAGUCAAGCCCCACAUGAAGGAGGGUUGGAAGGAAAAGAGUGGAGUUGGUUUCUUUCUGAUCCCUCUACUUUGAUAUCUAUCUAUCUAUCUAUAUAAAAUCAUCAGUACUUCUAGAAGUGAACUGGAAACUUCUUAAAUUUGAGUCCACUGAUGACAUGGAAAACCCCAGUAGAAUCAGAUUUUCCCUUGAAGACUAUGACGAUAACCGACCAGUUUUCAGAUACUAACUACUGUUUGCCUUUAGCAAUUGGUCUGUCAUCUUCUGUGAGAAGGUGACCUGCCCUCUUCCUGGCGGAGGCCGCCUAAAAUGCCCCUUUUCUAACCCAAAACAGUUUACUCACUUUGCAUUGCAGAAUUCACCAGGCUUUUUCCUGUUACCCAAGGACAAUUUCAGAAAAGCCAAUCCCAUAAUCCCAGGGCAGCCAGAUUUUGUGUGUCACCAUGUUGGAGUGUAGAUGACCAACUCCUUCCUCAUGAAGUGCAUCACAGCUGUAACCCAGUGACUCCUUAUUUAUACUUGUCAGUGCUGGACUAGUGCUGGAGUCUUUAAAAAUUUAUAUAGAAGACAGGUUUUAAAAUUUUUGUUGUAGCUUAAGGAGUGAUACUGUGCUCUGCUUAAUGCAUGGAGAAAAAUGAAGACCUCUCCAAACCCUACAAUUUUUCUCUAAAGCCCUGUUUCCAAAUCCUUCAGCAAUUUUGUUUUGCUAGUUUUAUCUCCCUACUUCCUGGACUUGUUUUUGCUGCAGAGUAAUGUUGCUUUGUGGUUUUCCUCUGGGAUAAAUUGUGCUGUAUACAAACAGGUGUGUUUCAUACUCCCAUCACUCCAGAAUUUGUCCUGAAUGACUAUGCCCUGCAUACAUACCUGGCAGGGUAGGGGAACAGCCCUGCCUAUGAUUCCAGAAUACUCGGAAUUACUUCUUCUGAGGGCUCUGAAGGAUUUUAAGGUUUCCUAGGU